AUGAUGGAACAGACGAAAGUAUUUCGGCCGUGGGUGCUGCAGCCCAUGCCUCUGGGCAUGAAUUGCAAGCCUUGGUACCUCGACAAACUACCUUCCAAGUGUUUGGCAAAGCACAAGAACAGAAUUAUGAAGUUCCCCACUUCCCUGAACAGCCAGCAGUGGGUGUUUGUAAAAGAAGGGCUGGACGACUUCAGAAAGGGCUGUCUGCCUUGUGAAGGUCUGAUCACUCGCGGUCCCAAGGAGUCCUUUCUCCCCAUGAUUUCUCACAAAUGUCUCCGACCCGCCCCCAAAACGAGUCAGAGAAAGCUAUCCAAGGACUUCAGCCUGUUUUCCACGCUCUCUCAAAGCCAGCUAGCACGGAAGGCGUUCGUGGAGGACAUGGAAGCCCACCUGACCCAGCAUCCAUUGGCCAGCUACCCGAAUCUGGAAGAUUUACCUGCAGAUCUCUUACUAAAGGUGCUGCAAGUGCUGGAUUCUGAGAGGGAGCUGGAGGAUGCAUGGGCUUAUUGUGAAGGCGACAGGGAAAGAACCAGGGAACCCAUGAAGCUUUGUAAACAUCGAUAUAGGAAAGCUUUCCUGGGACCUCCCAAGACUCCCGUGACCUAUCCAGAAGAUUUGACUGAGGAAGAAGAGACGUCAUCCUCAAAGGAUGAGCUCCCUGAGUCUCCUCCUACUACUACAUACAUUCCGAGUGGAAUCCAUGACUUCUGCAAAUGGGUUGCUACUUUUGGAGAUGGAGAUUUGGGCAUUGAUGAAGAGUUCGUCAUGAAACAAUUUGAGAUCAAGCGUGAAGACUGCAAGUCAAAUUAUGAGGACCUACAGAGGAAGACGUUAAACGAGGUUUGUUCAGACCUAAAGUUCAGCGUGGGGCUAAGCAAAAUGGAGGAAAUAAAAUUCUCCAUAGAGAAGCUAGAUAUCGAGAGAAAACUCCAGAAACCACCAAAUCCUUAUAAACCAAAGUGGGUGAAGAUGAGGUAUGGAGCAUGGUACCUGAAGCCUAAGUUGUGGAAAAAGUUAAUAAAUGAUGAACCUUUGAUUGACCCCAAGGUCAUACUUGAAGCUGAAGCUAGGCUUUCUAAACCGGACAUUCUUGACGACCUUUAUGGAACAAUUGCCUUUAAGGAUUUCAUUAUGAGCAAGGGGUACAGGAUGCCAGGCUUCCUUGAGAAAUUAUUUCACCGAAAGGGAUGGACUUAUGAAUCUGUUAAGACUCCUAUACCACACGUAGUAAAUACUUAUUCCAUCAUAGGAGAUGAUCCAUCUGAAAAUGAUUAG